AAGUCAAGCCUGAUAGAUGGGUUACAGACCGCACUAGACUGAGGUUCUACGUGUUCUCAGUCAGAAAAACUUUCGUUUUGUUAAAACUGUUGGUGGAAAUCUUACGUUUGUGUUCAUACAAGUGAAGCGUUAUCUACUCGAAGUGUAUUAAAAUUUGGAAGUCGAGUGACAAGUGCGUCAGUCAACAAUGGCGGAUUUUACGACGAUAGCGACCAUCUUCAUAAAAGUUUUGAAGCUUGUACUUAAUAUUAUAGUCCUGAUUCUCUACAGAGUGGGUUACGAUGGAAGAUUCCUUGGAGUUGGUGGCACAUGGAACCUCAAUGAAGAGAAAAAUCCCGAUGCUGAAAUUGUUGCUUCUGGGGUCAUCGUUGGAUUCUUCAUAUACACAUUAGUAUUCCUUAUCUCUUUCUGUUUUGGCACGACAGAACAAAAGAAAUCACUUGUGGAGAUCAUCAUGAACGUUGUGGGCUGCUUCAUGUGGAUUGCUGUAGGAGGAACGGCCCUCCACUACUGGCACGGAUACCAGAGCGAACACAAGUUUACAACCUUCAACUCAGAGCGAGAAGUUGGUUUAGCUGUAGGAAGUCUCUGCGUGCUGACCGGUGCUACAUACCUCCUGGACACUGUCCUCAGCUUCUUACACUUCAGCAAAGACAAAUAAACAACAGACCGCCAAUGUCACACAACAAAAGUCAUCUUCAUCUCGCAUCACAUCCACAAAUUCCAGCUAAAGACUUAUAAAUCAUGACCAACAGGAACCCAAAAAAGAGUUAGAAUGGUCACACACGAUGACCGAGAUUUACGAAGUAGGAAAUUCUGACUGGAAAAUGCUUAUUUAUCAAUGUAUAAAGAGUCUGAAGGAAAUUUGUCACAUUUUGAGUAUAAAUGUGAAAGUUCUCAGAAACUUUCACUAAUUGGCUCCAUGCACCAGAAAACUUCUUAAGAAACUAACAUUCAGCUAGUCAAGAAAUUCCUUAAUGAGAGCUUAAAAGAUAAAUUAGAUAUCAACUAACAUACAGAAUGUUCUGAUUCCAAGAAAAGUAUUUUGUACACUUUUUUAUGAAGGACAUAAAUUACUCGAAAACCGUUCUUUGCGGUUCAAAAUCAAGCACAAGUUAACCCAUCAACAUCUUUUCUACAGCCCAUAGGGCGCGGAUAUUUUUAAAUGUGCAUGGAGUGUUUAGAAUCGCCUUACCGUAUACAAAUACUUUAGUAUGAAAUUCGUAAAAAAAAAAAAACAGAAUACAAAUA